AUGGCUUUAUCUUCUAAAUGUCUGUUGCUCUUCAUCUCCCUCCUUCUUGGCUAUGGUGUUCUUCAGCUUGAGGCUACUGCAGAUAAUCAACCUUACAGAACUUCUUAUCACUUUCAACCUCCCAAAAAUUGGAUGAAUGAUCCUAAUGGGCCAAUGUUAUAUAAGGGAAUUUACCAUCUAUUCUUUCAAUAUAAUCCCAAAGGCGCAAUUUGGGGCAACAUUGUUUGGGGCCACUCUACAUCAACGGAUCUUGUGAAUUGGACCCCACAUGAAGCCGCCAUCUAUCCAUCACAACCGUCUGAUAUCAACGGCUGCUGGUCGGGUUCUGCCACGAUCCUCCCCAAGGGUCGACCGGUCAUUCUCUACACUGGAAUAGACCCUAACAACCACCAAGUCCAAAACUUGGCCAUGCCCAAAAACCUAUCUGAUCCAUUCCUUAGGGAAUGGGUUAAGUCCCACGAUAACCCACUAAUGGCCCCUAAUUUCUAUAACAAAAUCAAUUCAUCCUCAUUCAGAGACCCAACCACUGGUUGGCUAGGCCGUGAUGGGUAUUGGAGAGUAAUCAUUGGGAACAAAAUUAACCAAAAAGGAUUAGCAAUUCUUUAUAAGAGCAAAGAUUUUGUUCAUUGGGAAGAAGCUAAAAAUCCACUUUACUCAUCCAAAAAUUCAGGUAUGUGGGAGUGUCCAGAUUUUUAUCCAGUUUUGAUCAAAAGCCAACUUGGUAUUGACACAUCAAUUGAUGGUCCCAAUACUAAUCACGUGCUCAAGGUGAGUUUAGAUGAUACAAAACAUGAUUACUACAAGAUUGGAAGUUAUAACCAGGAUAAGGAUAUCUUUAUUCCGGAUAACGGACCGUUCCAUAAAAACUCUAGAUUGAGAUAUGAUUAUGGAAAAUUUUAUGCCUCAAAGACUUUCUUUGAAGGAAACUCAAAGCAUAGAAGAAUCUUAUGGGGCUGGGUUAAUGAAUCUUCAAGUGUAGAGAAUGACAUCAAGAAGGGAUGGUCUGGAGUUCAGGCAAUUCCAAGGAGUAUUUGGCUCGAUAAUUCUGGAAAACAAUUGGUGCAAUGGCCAAUAAAAGAAAUCGAAACGCUGCGUUUAAAAGAAGUCAACUUGCCUAAGCAAGUGCUUAAGGGAGGAUCAGUCCUUGAAGUUUCUGGUGUCACUGCAGCUCAGGCAGAUGUGAUUAUUACAUUUGAGAUAAGCGAGCUCAGUAAAGCUGAAGUGCUGGAUCCAAGUUGGACCGACCCACAAUUGCUUUGUAGCCGAAAGGGUGCAUCAGUUAAAGGUGGUAUUGGGCCAUUUGGGCUACUAGUAUUGGCUUCAAAGGGCCUACAAGAAUAUACAGCAGUGUUUUAUAGAAUUUUUAAAAGCCACAGCAAAUAUGUGGUGCUUAUGUGCAGUGACCAAAGCAGAUCUUCCUUCAAUCAUGAAAAUGAUGAGACCACAUAUGGGGCUUUUGUGGAUGUGGACCCUGUUCAUGAGAAGCUGUCACUCAGAAGCUUGAUUGAUCACUCUAUAGUGGAGAGCUUUGGUGGAGAAGGAAAAGCUUGCAUCACAGCUAGAGUUUAUCCCACAUUGGCUACGGAUGCUGAGGCCCACUUAUAUGCUUUCAAUAAUGGAACUGGGAACGUUGUGAUCACAACAUUGAGUGCUUGGAGUAUGAAGAAAGCUCAAAUCAAUUGAAACUAUACUUAGAAUUUAUGGUGUUCAUAUGUUUUUAUUUGACUAUGCAGUAUGCACCAAUUAAAAAAAAAAAAUGAUAAUGCACCCAUUUGAGCAUAGUCAAUGAAUUGGUGCUUACUGGUUAAUCCUGAUAUUAAUCAUCAAUCAG